UUUCUAAUGUUACACUUUUCUAAUGCUACUCUUUACAUUGCACUCCUCACUCCUGUGCGCAUAGAGUCGCUGUCCACCAAGAAAACACUUUUCUAGUCAUACUGCCGCCGUCGUCGCCAUUGCGGAUUCUUCAUUUGUGGGCAACAUUGCAGUCUUUCGUUCUUUCAGGCAGGACUAUUCACUCUUUCAUUUAUUGGUCCAGUUGUAUUUUCUUACAUGUCAUUGCGCGAAUUAUUGUCUUGAAACAAAUCCACGUUUUGGAACACUUUGGACCUGCUUUCUGUGUGCAAUAUAAGGAAAAUCAAAACAAUGGAACCGAAAGCACGGCUUUGGUUAAGGUACGUCUCGAUCUUCGUAUUCAUUGCGGCUGUAUUUCAGACAGCAUCCGCUGUUACUCACUACACAAUUCCAGAGGAGAUGGACGAAGGGACUGUGGUUGCAAAUUUGGUGUCUGAUUUGGGAUUGGAUUUGAAAAGCCUUAGUAAACGUAAAAUACGUUUGGAUGUCGUCGCAAAUAAAAAAUAUCUUGACGUUAACAAAGAUACUGGGGAGCUGUACAUUUUAGAAAGGAUUGAUAGAGAGAAUUUGUGCCCAAUUAAAUCGGUCACAACUUGUCUGCUUAAAGUGGAUGCCACAUUAGAGAAUCCUAUUCGAAUGUUUAAUAUUGAACUUGAAAUAAUGGACAUAAACGAUAAUGCGCCACGUUUCCGACGAGAUACAAUGCAUUUAGACAUAUCAGAGGCAACAGCAAUAGGAGAGAGAUUUUCCCUCACUAAUGCUGUAGAUCCUGAUACAGGGUCAAAUUCGGUAAAGACAUACUAUCUCAGUGAAAGCGACCAUUUUAGUAUUGAGAUUCAGACUGGACGAGACGGAUCUAAGUUUGCUGACUUGAUACUGAAAAAGUCAUUAGACCGAGAAAAACAAGCUAAACAUAAUCUGAUACUCACUGCUGUGGACGGAGGAGUCCCCGCGCGCUCUGGUACUGCUAGCAUUAUUGUCCGCGUUUUGGAUACGAAUGACAACGCUCCUCAAUUCGAUAAAGACAGUUACAAUAUAAAUCUAACAGAAAACGCGCCUAUUGGAAGCCUUGUAGUGAAAUUAAACGCCACUGAUAAAGAUGAAGGAACGAAUUCCGAUAUAUUUUACUCUUUUAGUCUGUAUACGUCAGAAAAAACACAGCAGACAUUCAGUCUGAAUCCUGACAAUGGAGAAAUCAGAGUAAAAGAGAUGAUUAAUUAUGAGGAUUUUAGGAUCUAUGAUAUGGAAAUUAUAGCAACAGAUAAAGGAGCUAAUAGUUGCAUUUGCGAUCAUCAUUGUUAA